UGUCGCAUUUUUGCAGCUAUUGAGAAAUACUGUGAGAGCUGUGAUUGGUCACAGAUUGUCACAUGGUACAAGGCUGUUGUGAAUAGCCUUGUACCAUGUUUCACUAGUAGUAAGCAAUGAUGUCAGAAAGUGACAUCUUGCUUACUACUCUUCAUGUGAUCACUGAUUGGCCAAUCAGUGAUCACAUGAUUGGGACCUCACACAGAGGUCCCGUAGAGUGAUCGGUUUGCUGCGCACUCCCAGGGAGCGCACACAGGCAGGGAAUGUGGGAGGACGUUUAUAA